CUCUCUCUCCCUUUCUCUGUUUCCCUUUCAUUCUGCUUCCUCGGAGCCGAAUGAAGCAGAGAGGGAGCAGGAUUAGAGUCUGCCACCGGCUAUCAGCGGAGCGGAGAUAAAAGGAACUGCUUCUUAAGCACCACUGCCGCAGCCCUUGUUAAUUUUUUUCUUCUUUCCACACAACAGUUGUGCCUCAUUAUCCGGUGCCUGGCUCGAUUUUUUUUUUUUUUUUUUUUUUUUUUUGAGGGUUUGAAGUUUCUGUGAUUCCGUGACUGUUACAGAAGAAGAGACGUUAGUGUUGCCAUGAGGUCUUGAUUGUCUGCAUUUAUGAAUGAAACUGACCUAAAUCACCUGUUACCUCCAGUUUCCAGAUUGUUUGAACUUCUCUGGCCGCACAAUACAGGAAGGAAAGCUGCAGCAGCCCAGGGACCUCCAGCGUCUGCAGCAUGGGCUGGUUCACUGGGAUUGCCUGUCUUUUCUGGGGUGUGUUACUUACAGCGAGAGCAAACUAUGCAAACGGGAAGAACAAUGUGCCAAGACUGAAAUUAUCGUACAAAGAAAUGUUGGAAUCUAACAAUGUGAUCACUUUCAAUGGCUUGGCCAACAGCUCCAGUUAUCACACUUUCCUUUUGGAUGAGGAACGGAGUAGGCUGUACGUUGGAGCAAAGGAUCAUAUAUUUUCAUUCAACCUGGUGAAUAUUAAAGAUUUUCAAAAGAUUGUGUGGCCAGUAUCUUAUACCAGAAGAGAUGAAUGCAAAUGGGCUGGAAAAGAUAUCCUGAAAGAAUGUGCUAAUUUCAUCAAGGUCCUGAAGGCUUACAAUCAGACUCACUUAUAUGCCUGUGGAACUGGGGCUUUCCAUCCAAUUUGCACCUAUAUUGAAGUUGGACAUCAUCCUGAGGACAACAUUUUUAAGCUGCAGGACUCACAUUUUGAAAAUGGUCGUGGGAAGAGUCCUUAUGACCCCAAACUACUGACAGCCUCUCUUCUAAUAGACGGUGAGUUGUACUCAGGAACCGCAGCCGAUUUCAUGGGCCGAGACUUCGCUAUCUUCCGAACACUGGGACACCACCACCCCAUCAGGACUGAGCAGCACGACUCCCGGUGGCUCAAUGAUCCUAGAUUCAUCAGUGCUCAUCUAAUCCCAGAAAGUGACAAUCCUGAAGAUGACAAAGUGUAUUUUUUCUUCCGAGAAAAUGCAAUAGAUGGAGAACAUUCUGGGAAAGCCACUCAUGCUAGAAUUGGUCAGAUAUGCAAGAAUGACUUUGGCGGACACAGAAGUCUUGUGAAUAAAUGGACGACAUUCCUGAAGGCACGUCUGAUAUGCUCUGUGCCAGGUCCCAAUGGCAUUGAUACCCAUUUUGAUGAAUUGCAGGAUGUAUUCUUAAUGAACUCUAAAGAUCCUAAAAAUCCGAUUGUCUAUGGAGUGUUUACAACAUCCAGCAACAUCUUCAAAGGUUCUGCUGUGUGUAUGUACAGCAUGAGUGAUGUGAGAAGGGUGUUCCUUGGUCCAUAUGCUCACAGAGAUGGUCCCAACUAUCAGUGGGUGCCUUAUCAAGGAAGAGUCCCCUACCCACGGCCGGGAACUUGUCCAAGUAAAACAUUUGGUGGAUUUGACUCCACAAAGGACCUUCCUGAUGAUGUCAUAACCUUUGCAAGAAGUCAUCCAGCCAUGUACAACCCAGUAUUCCCUAUUAAUAACCGCCCAAUAAUGAUCAAGACGGAUGUAAAUUAUCAGUUCACACAAAUUGUUGUAGACCGAGUGGAUGCAGAAGAUGGCCAGUAUGAUGUCAUGUUCAUCGGAACAGAUGUUGGAACGGUCCUUAAGGUGGUCUCAGUCCCCAAGGAGACUUGGCAUGACUUAGAAGAGGUUCUUCUGGAAGAAAUGACAGUCUUCAGGGAACCAACAACUAUAUCAGCAAUGGAACUUUCCACAAAACAGCAACAACUGUAUAUUGGCUCAGCUGCUGGUGUCGCACAGCUUCCUCUGCAUCGCUGUGACAUUUAUGGCAAAGCUUGUGCAGAAUGCUGUCUCGCCCGGGACCCUUACUGUGCCUGGGAUGGGUCAUCGUGUUCACGCUAUUUUCCCACUGCAAAGAGACGCACAAGACGACAAGACAUAAGAAAUGGAGACCCUUUGACACAUUGUUCAGACUUACAACACCAUGAUAAUCACCAUGGACACAGCCUUGAGGAGAGGAUCAUCUAUGGGGUAGAAAACAGCAGCACGUUCUUGGAAUGCAGUCCAAAGUCCCAGAGAGCCUUGGUAUACUGGCAAUUCCAGAAGCGAAAUGAAGAUCGUAAAGAGGAGAUCAGAGUGGGCGAUCACAUCAUCAGGACAGAACAAGGGCUCCUGCUUCGCAGUCUGCAAAGGAAGGAUUCAGGCAAUUACCUGUGUCACGCUGUGGAACACGGAUUCAUGCAAACUCUUCUUAAGGUGACCCUGGAAGUCAUUGACACGGAGCAUUUGGAAGAACUUCUUCAUAAAGAUGACGACGGAGAUGGCUCGAAGACCAAAGAAAUAUCGAGCAGCAUGACGCCCAGCCAGAAGGUCUGGUACAGGGACUUCAUGCAGCUUAUCAACCACCCCAACCUGAACACGAUGGAUGAGUUCUGUGAACAAGUGUGGAAAAGGGACCGAAAGCAACGACGACAGAGGCCAGGCCACUCUCAAGGGGGCAGCAACAAGUGGAAACACAUGCAGGAGAGCAAGAAAGGUAGAAACAGGAGGACCCACGAAUUUGAGAGGGCACCCAGAAGUGUCUGAGCUGCGCCACCUCCCAAAACCUCAAACAAGUACAAACUUGCUUAGAUAAUAACUGGAAAAAUGCAAUACACAUGGACAUUUUCAUGGCAUUAUGUGGAUGUUUACAAUGGUGGGAAAUCAACCGGGUCCCACCAACUUAAAUUAAGUCCAUGCGGAACUUUCCCAGCAGGCUUUCUUCAGAAAACCAACACCUGACAGAGAUCACAGGUGAGCACAGAUGUUCACAUCAGCCAACUUAGUGUUUCCUCUAAGAGUUCAUUUUGCUUUCUUCUUUGCCUGAGAAAUAAAAAUGUCACUUGCCAUAUUGCCGUUGAAGGGGGGGAACUGCAUCAGCAAAGCCAUUUUAUUGAAGCAAGGGUCGAAAAUAAACUGCAUGGAUUUAGUCAGCAGAUGAAUAUUCCAAACCGUGAUUGGAUUCAAGGAUGUUUUGUCUACCAGCAUUGUGUCUAUGUAUACUGGAGGAGUAAGAUAGGACAAACAAGACUAAGUGAAAUAGUGUGUGGAAGUGUAUAGGCGUAAACGAUCCAUCACCCAGAAGAAUAAUGGAAUACACUGAUCUACUACUGAUGUCUUCUUGCAGCAUUGAUCUAAAGAUGUAUUUUAUUAAAACUAUAAUUUAAAUGUACCAUGACAAAUAUGCAGUAAAAAUUAGCUGUUUUAUAAGCUAGAGUAGGUUUUUGUCUUACACUUGUUUUAUAAUUUGUUUUAAAAAUUCCAACUGUGUGCUCCUCUUUCUCAAACUUUGUUUUCAGUUCUGUAAGAGUUAGUAUAUUAUUUUAGAUUCAUACUCUCGCCAUUAACUGUUAAUUAUUGAAACCAAGAUAUGAAUUAUGUUUCCCCCCUUUGAGGAUAUCAAACAAAUAGAAGGUUUCACCACCACCCCCUAUUUCUAAAGGUAUUAUCUAUGAUUUGCAUAAUGUUCUUAGCCAACCAAAAAAAAAUCAAGACAGCACAGAAGGGAAGAAAACAUUCAUUACAUGCAUUCUGAAGGAUCAAGAGAAAGAACUGUGUAUCUCAUGGAAAUAGCAUUGUCUUAAAGUGUUAAUAAAAUGUCUCUUCAUCCUUUGCUUGAUAUGUGAGACAUAGGGCUCUCUUAUGAAUCCACAUUCCACUGGGGAUUUUAUUAUUUUAUCAUAUAAUGACUUCUGAAAGAGACAGAGGUCAAUGACAUUUUGAGCAUCUCAGUGAUACAUUUCCCAACCAUGUCUUUCGGAAUCAACUACAUUUUUCCCACCCUAUAUGAUACAGCUAUUUGUAUGAAGAACAUAUGUGUUUUCAUCUUAAUGAGAAUGAAUUUAUAAACUAUUUUCAGAUCACACACUGCACUUAGAAAGUGCAAAACAUUGUUUUAUGAACAAUGUAUAAGAUAAAGCUAUAUAAGUAAUAAUUAGUCCCCUUUGUGCUUGAAGAAGGUUUCUGGAGAAUCAUUGAGUUCAAAAUGCAUGAGACGUUCUGCAAUAAAACAGUUCAUUGGCACUAAACUCAUCACUUCAGGAAUCCCUUCAUAAGCCCUUCAGCAUGCACAGAAUGCAAAGUAAACAUCUUCCUGCUAAUUAAUGGUAUUUUAACUCCAGUUGUCUCAUGAUUCUAAUUAACACGCAUUAAUUUCUCACCUCAACUGCAGUAAAUUGUUAUUCCCGCUUCACAGAAAUACUUCACAGAUGGAAGCUCAUGUUUCAGUUUUCAUGAUUAUUUCAAUAAACAAUUUGUUGACACGUCUUUCAAAUAAAAGCCUAAAAAUAUUCUACAUCUGAUUUUAGGUUCCUUGACUAACAUGGUGUUGCUUUUGGAAGUGCAUCCUCAAAGGCAUGCUGAACUGAUAAAUUCAUUGAAGAUCACACUUUUUAACACAGAAUACUGUCAGAAAUACUAAGUCAAAGAAAACAGAGCACUCCAUAAAAGCUACUGCCUCCUUUCCAUAGUGUCUUAUCCAUCUGAGCAUUUGAUGUUAAAUUUCGUUCUAAAUUUGUAGCCAAAACACCUUUAUUUAUAAUCACAUACAUUUCUCAUUUUUUUCUAAUUCUUAUCACUAAAGGAGUAAAGGAAUGAAAAGUAUAUGAUAGCGUCAUGGAUGCCUUCCAAAAACUGAAUGCAUUUUGUUUAGCACUAUGAACUAGCAAUAGAAAAAAAGUUUAGGCUUCAAUUAAAAGUGUUACAAACCAACAAAUAUAUUGACAUGUCUUUAUCAAUCACCAUGUCUGAAUUUUCAAAGAAAACUAUUGGUGUAACUUACAAAUAAAUAAAUCUGAUGAGAGUCAUGAUCUGCCAGUGUACAUUGAGAGAGGGCAAUUUGCACGAAGAAUGAAUGUCCCACUUACUAACUAGUUAAGAUGGAUUUUGGCAUAUGCAUGUGUCAUCCCAGGUGAGACCUGCAUAAGAGAUGCAUGUGAUGUAAGCAUAUCACCUCAGCAGUCUUAAAGUCUAAAAAAUCAGAUACAUCACAGCGGAACCAGGAGAGACCAGGCCCCGCUAAAAGCAACUGUAAUGUGUAAAUGCAUGCAGAUGCACACUUACUGCUUCUUUUAUUUGUAGAGUUAGUGGUUUAUAAUGGUCUAAUGUGUCUAAUAUUUUUGCUACCUACACGUUAGGCCAAGAGGUGUAAAUAAUUUUGAAAAGAUGAGGAAGAACAGUGUAAAAUACACGUUUUCUAUAGAUGCUCCAUUUUAGUGUGUUCAACAUCAUCCUGAAGUGCAAGAUUUCCCAUACAAGUGACACUGUGGCUUAUGUGCUACUAAAGGGCACAGAGUGUGUGCCCCUCCGUAAGCAUGCUUUUUGCCAGGUCGUAAAUUGUUCCAUAUCUGUAUUUAUCGUUGCAUUUCAGAUGGGAACUAGAAAACUGGAGAGAAAAUGUAAUGAUAUUGCUGCUGUAAAUUAUUCCUUUUUAGCAUGUAUUCAGUUGCUAAAUACACAUUUCUUCAAAAUAU